AUGCGGUCGGGAUCGCCGACAGUUAGUGAUGAGGAGGAGCAGGUUGUCGGCUCGCCGAUGGCUCAGGUCGCCACCAAUAUGCCGCUUCUCCGACCCGGACAGCCUCCUCUGCGACCCCUUCUCAUCGCCUCUUUCGUUCUUCUCUGCUCCCUGCCGCUCUGCCGCCCCUUCGACUUGGGACAAUGUACCGCGGCACUGGGCAUGGAGAAUGGCGAAAUCCCCGAUGAAGAUAUAUCGGCCAGUUCUAUGUACGAUCCCAGUCUUGGCCCGAAACAUGCCAGGCUGAGACAAGACAAGGGCGGCGGUGCCUGGUGCCCGAAAAAUAUGGUCACGAAGGAAGGAAAGGAGUACCUCGAGGUGAAUUUGCACAGCCCGCGUAUACUGACAUCGACCAGGACCCAGGGCAGAUUCGGGAACGGGCACGGGGUCGAGUACACCGAAGAGUACUUCGUCGAAUAUUGGCGGCCGGGGUUCAACAAGUGGGUGCGAUGGAGAAAUCGACGUGGCAUGGAGCUUCUGGCAGGCAACAAUAAUCCGUAUUCGGAGAAGGAGCAGCUCUUCGACCCGGCGAUCGUCGCAACGAAGGUCCGUUUCAUCCCCUACACAUCCCACAUGCGUAUGGUGUGCAUACGAGUCGAGCUUUACGGCUGCCCGUGGACCGAGGGUCUGGUGUCGUAUUCCAUGCCCCAAGGAAUUAAGAGGGGCUCGGAGGUUGACCUUUCCGACAGGACGUACGACGGAAGGGAAGAAGGAGGUUACCUCUCCGGGGGGCUCGGUCAACUUGUCGACGGGCAAAAGGGCCCUGACAACUUCAGAUUGGACAGUGGUAACGGGAAAGGAUACGAAUGGGUCGGUUGGAGAAACGACACGCCAAGCAUGCUCGGUCGUCCCGUUGAAAUUACCUUCGAGUUCGAUUAUUCGAGAAACUUCACUGCCAUACACCUGCACAUGAACAAUUACUUCACCAAAGAUGUGCAGGUCUUCUCCUACGCAAAGGUUUAUCUUGGCGCUGGUGGGAAUCAGUUCAACGGGGAGCCUGUCCAUUUCUCUUACAUACCGGACCUUGUAUUGGAACAGGCGCGCGACGUUACCAUAAAGCUUCACUCGCGAGCUGGCCGUUUUCUUAAGCUUCAAUUGUACUUUGCUGCACGAUGGAUCAUGCUCAGCGAAGUAAUCUUCGAAUCGGUAAUCUCCGAAUGGAACAACACCGACGAUGAAGAGGCGAGGAACAAGAGCGGCAUUGUAUCGGCGACCGGCAUCCCCUAUCAGAAUAACGAGGGUCCACUGCAGAGAGACGAAGUAAAGGCCACUUUUAAUAAGGAGGAAAACAACGAUAAUGCUCUUCCAGACAAAAGCAAGGAGCCAGAAUCGAGGCAGUUCGUCGGCCUGGUUAUCGGUAUAUUAACCACUGUGAUCGUGAUGCUUCUGGCGGCAAUCACGUUCAUUUUCUACAGGAAUCGAAGGUUGAAGGCUGCCCUCGCGCCUUCGACGUUUUACGAUCAACACGGCGACUUGAAGGUCUCGGUGCAGGAGGAGGGCGAGGACAAGGGACCAAUUUGCCCUCCGCUUCCGGCGCAGUACCAGCCGGCCGCCUACGCCACGACGACACCGCAACUACACAAAACUAUCACGGAUUACAGCGGGAUCACGGAGGUGCAGCCGGUUUUUCCGCUGUUGCUGAACACGGCGAUCAAUCUUGCCAGGCCGAUUCCCUCGGUUCAAGAAUAUCCAUCUAAUCCGCCGCCCAUACCGCCGCCACCGGAAAAGUAUUACGCCAGCACGGAGAUCUGUAAGAAUUCCCUGCCACCGUUGCCACCAUCCCCAACGCCGAGCACACCGCCCCCAAUGAGCGCGAAAGCCUCGAGCAGCAUGACAAGCUACAGUCCCGAGGACAUGCUCACCGAGGAGGAGGACGAGGUGGCCGAGUGCAUCUUAGACUUCCCCCGGGAGAAGCUGAACAUCGUUGAAAACCUCGGUUGCGGAUACUUCGGCGACGUUCACAUUUGCGAGGUCGACAGGUUUCCAGGCUACGACGAAGUUUUCCGGAACACGGCCAGCGACCUGGUCAUCGUUAAGUCCCUGAGACCUGGAUCCUCGGAUGCGCUUAGGAUAGAAUUUCAAGAGGAGGCAAAAAAGCUGGCACGGCUGGCCGAUCGGAAUGUCGCGCGGCUGCUCGGAGCGAGCCUCGGGGACGACCCGAUGUGCAUCGUGUUGGAGAACGGCGAAUACGGGGAUUUGAAUCAAUAUCUGCAGAGGCAUAUAGCUGAAACGUCGACCGUGCACACUGCUAAGACCCUCAGUUUCGGCACGUUGAUCUACAUGGCCACGCAAAUAGCAUCCGGCAUGAAACACCUCGAGGAAAUGGACUUGGUGCAUCGGGAUCUCGCCACAAGGAAUUGUUUGGUGAGCCGUGGUUACACGGUGAAAGUGUGCGAUCUGGGCUCCGGAAGAAACGCUUACGCAGCCGAUUAUUUCCGGGUGGAGGGCCGGCCCCCGUUGCCAAUCCGAUGGAUGGCCUGGGAAGCUAUGCUAAUGGGAAGACACACAUCGAAGAGCGACGUCUGGUCUUUCGCAGUGACGCUUUGGGAGAUUUUAACGUUCGCAAGGGAACAACCGUUCGAGGAGCUGCCCGAUCAUCGCAUAGUCGAGAAUGCAACGUAUUUUUACCAAGAGGAUGAUAGAAGGAUCAUUCUUCCCCUGCCGAAAAACUGCCCCAAAGACAUCUACGAGCUGAUGCGCGAGUGCUGGCACAGGAACGACGUGGACAGGCCGAGCUUCCGGGAGAUCCACAUGUUUCUCCAGAGGAAAAAUCUCGGUUACAAACAUGUCGGGGACACGAACGACACCUGAUACAGAGAGCUAGAAGGCUGGAAUCUGAUCCGGCUUUCUAUGAUCGGCGAGCUGAACGGGAACUGGUGGAACUCCCCCUCGACGACCAAGUUACACCAGGUCAGGCCAAGUUAGUAGUGUGUACAAGGUGAGGAUCGAUUCCUUCGAUCGCCGAAUCGUCCGAAAGGCGAAAGGUAAAUUUCGGUGAUCGAAAUGGUUCUUCGUCGCUCUGUCCAAUUAUCCUGGUGAAUUUUUUCACAAACUGUGCAACUUGUGAAUUAUUAUUAUUAUUAUUAUGAUCAUCACACGAUUAAGGGAGUUUGUUCAAACAGUUCGUUUCCCUGAUUCUCACGAAAUUUUACAAUUCUCGUAAUAUUUUUUUCACCGUUCGUUCGUCGUUCCGUAUUCGCUCAGAAUCAAAAGGAAAAAAGAGAAACGACGAAAUCGAAAUUUUAAUGGAAUAAUAAUUUUUCCAUCGCCCGCCACUCCCCUUAAGAUUAUUUUCGUCCCGUUUAAAAAACCGUUGACCGCGCGAUUAAAAAGCAACAAAGCGCGAUAAGAAAAAUAGAUAAAAGUAGAAAAAAAAGAAAAAAAUAACAGCGCGAGAACGACCUCGAGCAAGCGGAUAUAUAUAUAUAUAUAUAUAUAUAUAUAUAUAUAUAUAUAUAUAUAUAUAUAUAUAUACGAAGUGGGAGCGUUCCUAGCGCGGGUCCAAUGGGCGGAAAGCACGUUCAAUAAAUCGCGCACACGCCAUUUCUGAAAUUGAUACUGUCAGCAAACAAGCUUAUGACACCCGCCGCAACGGCACUCGCGUCACGUUCAGAAUACACGUGGCCCGUGGACUUUGGAAAAUCGCGGAGGAUACAACAAACGGUCUCCGCCGAUCAUUUCCUGCAAACCUCUUCUCUCCUUCCCUCAACGUCCUGUGUCCAACGGCUCGUGAUCCCGAGCCCGGGAAAUACGAUUUCCACCGCGUGAAAAAACCCUCUUCGUGAACCAUCGCGCGUCUACAAAGUUUCUACGAAAGGGAAUGGAGAAGAGGAGGAGGAGGAAGAGGAGAAGAAAAGGAACAAAUUGUAUGCGGCGAGUGAUUCGAUUCAUGGAUAGUUUCUCUUUCUGAGAACAACGAUUCCUCACCGUUGUGUAUCCGUGAUAAGUAAUCGAGGACACGAUAAUCGGGCGAACGUUUUAUCACACAGUGACGGCCGGCUACACAGUUUUAAGAAUCGAGAGACGUGAAAAAUACGGGAGUGGAAAAUACGUUUCUUGGUUCUUGGUUGAUUGAAUGUAAAUUGAUAUUGGAUGGAAACGAAGCGUGGCAAAUGUGCGUGAUUGUUCUUUCUUUUUCUUCUUUUUUCUUUUUGAGGAAGGGGGAAGAAUUUAAUUGAUAUGGAAAUAUUAAUACUGGUGGAAUUUGGAUCACAUUGGCGCCCUCUGGUUCAAUUGGAGCUAGUAACAUUAGUGAAAUUUAUAACGAAUUACUAGUUACUAGCGGAAUAAUAGUCUGGCAAUAAAACUGAUAACGAAGAUUUAUAAUUAAAAUUUCGAUCGCAACUCUUACAACUCUUACAACUCUUGUCAAUUCACUAAUCUUAUUAUCUGUCGAAUCGUCAGAGGGGUCCAUAACUUACUAGCCAUAAAAAAAUAAAUAAAGCGGCCACAGAGUGGUUGGAAGUUCGUGUAAAAAUUGAAAAAAGGAAAAAAAAAAAAUAACAAUUCCUCGAGAGCCUGCUGGCUUA